UACGAUGCGGCCGAACUUCUUUCUGCUCUGUAUUUGCUUCUAUGCUCUUCUGUCAAGCGGAACGUCUAGUGGUGACGAUAGACGAUGGCUUGUCUCUCUUGUCGAUCUUGUAGAAUUCGACUAUCAAGACCAAUGCGACCAAAGAGCAACAGCUGCUUGGGAAGAACUACUAGGUAGCACCAAGGGCUUAUCUAUGAAGUUGGAGCGCGAUAAGGCGUUUGGUAUAUUCGCGCGUAAACAAAAGACAGAUGUGGAAAGUGCGUUCACAGCGCAUGCGUUAUCUGCUGAUGAUGAUACGUUGCGUCGACGCGUGAAGCUGCUAUUGCAACCGGGCGAUGCACUGCUUGACACGCAGCAAUGGAUACGGCUGGUGACGUUUGCCGAUAAUGCACUCAAUCGAAUUCGGACCUCGACCGAUUACGACUGUGGAGCUAACACCACAUGCAGUUUGAGAGAAUUACAUAACAGUCUGGCGAGAGAGCAAGAUGAACAGGUUUUACGACAAAUGAAACUAUCAUGGGAGAGCCACCUGCCUGAACUACAUGAUUAUUUAGAAAAUAUUUUACCUUUGCUGAGAAAUGCAUCAAAAGAGAAUCACUACGAACUGGUCGAGGAAUACUGGGACGCACUAUGCGAGUAUGAAGGGGCGUUGUUGGCAGCUCGUGAACUUUGGCAACGAGUUCGUCCUCUAUACCUGAAGCUACACAAAUAUACCGCGUUAAAACUUCGCGGGCCAUCAGCAGUCGGCGAGCCUCUGCCCAUUCAUUUGCUCCAUUCCCUUACGGGAGACGACUGGUCGAAUCUAAUCGAAAAAUUGUUGCCCAAACAUCCGGACAUUUAUCAAAAAGUCCACGCAAAUUUACAAUUGAAGGAUAUCGGUGGGUUAAAAGCCUUCAAAGAAGCUAAUAAUCUAUUAAGCCAACUAAAUUUGGGAGAACUUCCACCAGAAAUAUUUUUAGAAUCGGCUUUCAAUGGAACUUGUCCUACAACGGUAGUAGACUGGUGCCAACCUAACAAAGUUAGAUUUGUUACAUGUAAAGAUGUCAGCAUUCAGAAUUACAUGGACGCCCACGAAGCUGCAAUGAAAAUCAGAUACAAACUUAUCACUGCUUUACAUAGUAAUAAUACUUAUAUUUUAAGAGAAGCACCUCGUUACUCAGCUAUAUAUGAAGCGGUUCCUGGAUUUAUGUCUUUGCUAUCAUUGAAUCCUCAUACAUUAGACAGAGCGGGAUUGUAUCCACUGGAAAGGUUCAACUAUAAUACUAAUCAUCAUAGACUCGUCUUACAACUUAUAAUAGCUUUAAGAGAUUUGCCUAAGUUAAACUAUUACAUAGCAGCGGAUACUUGGAGAUUGGAUGUGUUAAUGGGCAAAAUUCCUUAUGCAAAAAUUGAGGAUAGUUGGAGAGAUUUUAGGAAGAAUUUUUCUUUAAUUGAGACAUCAAAUGUCGACAUCGUCGGAGAUCCUUAUAUUUUAUUAAAUAAACCGUAUAUAGGAAAAUUCUUAGGAAUUAUAUUGAAGUAUCAAAUUUAUCAAUCAUUCGCUGAGGAACUAAUAUCAGAUGACUCGGAUUUAGUCAAACACGUAGCUGAAAAUAAUCAACGUUUAAUUGAUGUAAUGAUGCAGGGCUUCGUAGCCACGUGGCCAGAAAUGGUCAGCGACUUAUUAGCGAAAAGAGAAAAUGGACUAGAAUAUACCGGAAUCACUGAUUAUUUUAGGCUUUUAGACGAGUAUUUAGAUAACCAAUUAGAUCCAGCUAGCGAUAACAUGGUCGAGGACUACGUUGAUCCACCAGUCGAACCCGAACCACAGGAAAACGAUAUAUCAGAAAAAAGUGAUACACCAAUCGAACCAAACAAUGAACUAGAUAAAACACACGACGAUAUUCACGAGAACAUAAUCGAAACCGAUGACGACACGAAUUCGAAAUACGAAACUUCAACAGUGGGUGUUCUAGAAAUCAAAAACCCGGUAGGAGUUGGUGACCAAAACGAAAUCGAAAAUCCUAAAGAAGCCUCAUACAACGUGUACUGGUGGAUAGGUGUAGCGGUUGCACUUGCAGUUAUCGUUAUACUAGUGGCGAUAAUUGCGAGGAAACGGCGCAGUCACAAAAAGCAGGUGGAGAGACAGAGAAGACAAAACACUCGCGCUUGAUUUGAAGAGUAUCGGUUCUAGAACUGGAACCGAUACGCGUUGAGAACGUUAGUUUAAUUGUGCCAAUAAGAGACCGAGUACAAAACUUCGUUGUGUGUUAAUUUUUGUUGUUGUGUAUCGAUUCGGUUUAGAUUCACGAACGUGGGUGUCUAAGUGAACUUAUUUAUUCUUCUCUAUGGUGCUGUAUCUUAUAGAUUCCAUUUUCGAACGUUGCAUUUAAGUUUUCAUUUAUUUUUAUGUGUGUCGUGUGCGUUUUGUCAGUAUCGUUUGCAAUUGUAAUAUAGUCUUAGAUAGUAAAGAUGAAAAAAUAUUUUUGUACAUAUCACAAUUUGCGGAUUAGUAUAAUGAUGGUUACCAAGUGUCUAAGAUAGUUUAUAUUAUAGUUAGAUGUAAUUCGCCGUGCCUUAAGCGUUUCAAUUUCUUAUAAAUAAUAAAUAUGAUAAAGGAAACGAUCAAAUUUGUAAUAAAUUAAAUAAGAUAAUUUUAUAAAUCUCUACGAGUGUCGACUCUUUUCUCAGACCAAGUUCUUGUAUGUGUUUUCAUAAGCCUUCAUUUUUUGAUGUUCUCGAGAUGUUGUUCUAUAAGUAAUGAAAUAACCAAGUAUUUAAAUGUUAUUUAAUUGUUGAUUGGUAUAUUUUUAUUCGAGUACAUUUUAUUUAUUGUAUUACUAACUCUACUGUUAGUAAAGCAUGGUAUUGUAAAAAAAUAUGUCGAAUUUUAAACAAAUGAAACGAAAAUAAAUGUUUGAAACAUA